ACACUGUAGCGCCUCAAAGUGAACAUCCGCAAACGUUAAAAGUCAGGUCGCUGUAAUUAGAAAAUCCUAAAUUGAGCGAAAAUCGACCUGCUUCUACUCGCGCUACCGUGUGUUAGUUGCCGUUGUAGUUUAUUUUGACAAACAUUUAUUUUGCCCUUCCAGCAGGAAGGUUUCAACAUUAGCUUGCUAGCUGCGUGUCCUCUUUGUCAAUGUUGACGUUAGAUAACAAGUGAGCACCGAGUCGAGGUUAAUUGCGUGGAUUUGAAUUAACUACAGGCUUUAUUUUCAUGUACUGCGAUUGUUGCGGUGACCUGACCGGUGAACCGUAACCACCCUUGACAGCAACCCAUUCUCCUUCCUGUUCUGUCCUGUUUGUUUGUUUGUUUGUUUUGCCGGGGUACUUGGUUGAUUAUGAUGUAAAUCGCCUUUGCUAAUGCUUGCGCCAGCCCUUUUAAGGGUGAUGGCCGAGAACGGACAACUUAAUCUGAAGGGCGGUUCGGCCACCGGCGGCUCCCCAGCCCAAGCCAGCCGCGGCCGACAGACGUACAGAAGUUCGGCCCAUUCCCAAAGCCUGCUCGACAGCCUGCUGGGGCUCCGACAAGCUGGCAUCCUGUCGGAUGUGGUGCUACUGGUGGAGGGUCAAGCCAUCCACGGCCACCGUGUGCUUCUUGCUGCCUCCUGCGAUUACUUUAGGGGGAUGUUCACCGGAGGCCUUCGGGAGACGCAGCAGAAUGAGAUCCCGAUUCACGGAGUGUCCUUUUUGGGCAUGAACAAAAUAAUAGACUAUAUGUACACUUCAAAGAUCGAGUUAGACCUGGACUGUGUACAGGAAGUCCUGAUAGUGGCUACAUUGGUGCAGCUUGAGGAUGUCAUUGGCUUCUGCUGUGAGUUCCUCUUCUCCUGGCUGGAUGAGAGCAACCUAUUGGAAAUUCAUCACCUGGCUGAUGUCUAUGGACUGCAGCAGCUCAAUGCCAGAGUCCACUCCCACAUCCUGAGCAACCUCCAGGCUUUGUCCCGCACGGACGUCUACCGACGGCUCCCCCAAGAGGAAAUAUUUCGAGUGCUGAGCAGUGAUGAGCUCGAGGUGCAAAGUGAGAAUGAGGUGUAUGAAGCAGCGCUUCACUACCACUACAGUCCUGAGCAGGUGGAGCGUGACCAAGUGUACUUGCAGGACAGUCUCAAGAUGCUUGAUGCUGUGCGGUUCUGCCUAAUGGAGAAACAAGUACUUCAGAGGUUGCAUGAUAAACUGGAACAGUGCGCGCUAAAGGAAACUGUGUCCGCCGCCCUCCAUUACCACGAGCAAGAGAUGUGGCAGCCGGUCCUUCAGAGUCCUCUCACACAGCCUCGCUCCACCUUCAACUGUAUCUUGGGCUUCGGUGGGAUGUUUACCUUCCCCCUCUCAUAUGUCAACAAGCAUCUAAUCCAGGUGUUCCAUCCCAGUUGGAACGAAUGGAGGGCUCUUAAUGCAGUGAACAGUCCCCAGAUGUCCAACCAGGGAAUUGCUGUGCUUAACAACUUUGUAUAUCUUAUUGGUGGAGACAGGAAUACCAGUGGAUUUCGUGCAGAGACUUGCUGCUGGAGGUAUGACCCUCGUCACAACAGUUGGUGCUCCAUCCAGCCUUUGCAGCACCAGCAUGCAGACCAUUGCGUGUGCGUGGUGGGCGGCCAUAUUUACAGCAUCGGAGGUCGCGACUACACUAGGGAGCUGUGCUCAGUGGAGCGCUACAACCCACACACUAACACCUGGGAGUUUAUUUCCCCUCUCCUUAGAGAGGUUUACGCCCAUGCUGGAGCUGUUUUAGAUGGAAAAAUUUACAUUACUUGUGGACGCAGAAAGCGGACGUACCUUAGAGAGACAUACUGUUUCGACCCGGCAGCCAAUAACUGGACAGCUUGUGCGGACGGGCCGGUGGAGCGAGCAUGGCACGGCAUGGCUGCCGUGAAUGGACGCCUGUAUGUCAUUGGGGGAAGCAAUGAUGCGCGUGGCGACCGGCGGGAUGUCUUACAGACAGCAUGCUUUGAGCCCUCAGACAACUCCUGGACUUUACUAAGCCCACUCCCUGCUGGCCAUGGGGAACCCGGCAUCGCAGUAUUGGACGGUCGUAUCCACGUGCUGGGAGGGCGCUCUCAUAACAAAGGCAACCGGGUGAAAUAUGUUCACGUGUUCAACACUGACACUGACGAGUGGGAGAGCGAGACGCCGUUCACAGAGCGCAUCUCUGGCCUGGCCGCCUGCGUGGUCCUCAUGCCACCAGCUAUGUUGGCUCUCGCCAAGAGCUCAGAGCCACAACUGAAGGCAUCAUGGGAAGAUGUCUUUUUCAGCUCACACACAAGCACGGAUGAAGACUAAUGAGUAUGUGACUGAGCACUAGAGACUUUAAGGCACAGGUGUCAAACUCAAGGCCCGAGGGUCAAAUCUGCCACAUUAUUUUAUGUGGCCCACGAAAGCAAAUUAUGUGUCAUCUUGCGUGAUUCUUGCUAACAUUUCAAAUUGUCAUAUAUAAUAAAUAAUAACGUUGCGAUAUAUUGCAAGCAUUUUUUGUUAACAGUUCUUGAACAGAAAAAUUAUCCUUGACUUCGAUUUAAAAACAACUUAUCCAUCCGUUUGUUGUAUAUAUGAGUCACAGUCGUAACAGCCCUCUGACAGACACCGGAACUACAGUAUUUGACACCCCUGCUUUAAGGUAUCUUUCAUCAUGUUGCUUUAGUUAAGCAUUUAUGGCAACAUUAUGUCAUGCUUAUGGCCCUUUUUUAGUGCCUCUGAAAACACCACUUAAUACAUUCGCACACUAAACAUUGCUUCUCCGAUUAGCGAUGGUCAUAAUGGUGAUGUCUGUGGAACAGAUUGUUUUUGAGCCCAUUUUCUCAAGCUGAUUUUGGCCAAGUUACUGUAUACCUACUACCACUAUCACCCGAGUUAAUGCACCUGCUAUUUAUACCACUUUAUCACGUUGCAAUAGUUGAAAGUAGAAACCAUCAAUACUACCACACUGACACAUUCAUCAUCUGGAGCAGUUCAGAAUCAAUAGUUAUUCAAUACAUGACAAAACAUGAUGUAAUACAUCAUGCUCACUAGAGCUACUGAUUAAUAAACGUAUAUAAUAAUAUAUUGGCAAUAAAUUAUACUAUAAUAAUAAUAUAUACGGCUUCCUCCCACAUCCCAAAACAUGCAUAUUAGGUUCAUUGAACUCUCUAAAGUGUCCUUAUGUCUGAAUGUAAUUGUGACUGGUUGUUUGUUAAUAUGGUUGUUAAUAUGUGCCCUGUGUUUGUUAAUAUGUGCCCUGUGAAUAUGUGCCCGGCUGUCUCUUAAAGUCAGAACCUGCAACCCUACUGAGAACAAGUGAGAUACAAAAUGGAUGGAUGGAUGUUUCUUCUGAUAGUGUUGGGCCCGCAGAGGAGGCCACUACGCCACACCUGUGGACAGUUUAGAGUCUUCAAUAAACCUGACGUGGAUGUCUUUGGAAUGUGAGAGGAAGGAGGAGAGCUCAGAGGAAAAAGAAAAAGCAGAUAUUGUCCCAUCCCUUUUGAAAACAACAAAACAAAUAUUGUUCUCCUAUAGUUGAUCAAGGAAACUGAGUCACACGCCCAUCCCUAUCUCCAUCCUAUUUCAAGAGCAAGAGCCAUAAUCAAAGCUAAGGUAUGACUUUUUAUUUAUGGCCUGCCAGGGUGUCCUCAAGAAUCCUCUCGUCUUUAUGCAAUUAUCUGUGAUUUCUCCUGACUAUGCAAUAUGUAGAGGAACCAGCUAAACACUAUGUAAAUCAUAAGCUAUUACAAAAAUGUGUUCCAAACAUUUAGUUUUGUUGCUGUUAAUCCCAAUGUAUUUGUCAGCUGCACUAUCCGUUUCAAAGAAUGUUCUUUGUUCUUCAUGCCAUUUCAACUGGGUAGCUAACCCAAAAGCAUAAUCAGGUGCACUUUAACAUAGUGCCUUUUUGUCCUGCACUUGUGAAAGCUUAUACAAUACAGUGGAGAUUUAAAAAAAAAAAA